AUGGAGAACGCACCUGAAAUUGGUGUGGUUCGGAAUGAAUUUGACAGAAUUGGAGGUAAUUAUGCUCCUGAAGAUUCUCAUGUUUCUCGUCAAAACAACCUCACUGGACUUACACCUCCCUCCUAUGAGCAGUUCGAUGACCAGAAUACGCUUGGCUUCGAAGAAGAUGACCUUUUUGGUUCUUUCUCUAUGGAUGAAGAGCGAACCAACGCCGUGAACGAUAUAGAUCUCUACUUCCGAAGUGGAAAUAUGGAUGAUUUAUUCGCGAGCGCUCCAAAAUGCCCCGAAGAUUACGUCGAACCACCAGUUGCCAAAAGACAAAAGUUCAAUUCAGCUUCAACUACGACUUCAUCAUCCUCUGGGUCAACAUCUCAAGAAAGUGACAGUCCAAUCACUGAGUCCUUGUCCGUUUUCUCUCAACAAGCCAUGCCAACUCGAAAGACAGCAGAACCAAGCUUGUCGUCAAACACUACCCCUAAGGUGACAAGCGAGAUAUCUCAGCCAGUAUCUGGACAAGAAUCAGCUCUCUCAAAAACAUCAUCAUCUGGGUCGAACAAUUCUUCUAACACUGACCUCCCGAUCACACCAUUUGAUGAUCGGGUCAGAAAUCUUCAAACACGACCAGUCAUCAAUCCGGCUUCUCCUCUCAACAACCAUUCUUCGCAAUCAUUUACAAACGCAAUCAUCACACCAGGAAUCUUACAAACCCCUUCGGCGGCUACUCACCAACUCUAUGUUCCAAAUUCUCACCAGAUGGUUCAGCAACAGCCUUCUGGAGUGACUGGCAUUCCACUAGGAGUUAUUCCGCAAGUUCCCCAAAUGCAAGUCACAUCGAAUGUUAAUCAUCAUCAACUUUCACACCAGCAGCCGCGUACUCAGCGAAGAUCAUUCACCGAAUUUCUCCCUGAACAAAACCUCGGUAAUACGCCAUUUCGACGACCGAUCAACCAACAACCUAUGUCUGUCCCAGCUACCCAACAAUCUACAGAGCAGGCUACGAGCCUUCAUCUCCCAUCUCAUCCAACCUCCAACACUUCUAUCAAUCAAUCCUUACCACAAGUCUUAGAUAGAAACUCGAUCACACCUCAGCUUAGGGAAACCAUGGAAAGAUUUGAGACCAAGAUUAGGGUGGAUGAAGGACUCAGACAUGCAUUUAACAUUGUAUUUCCUGGACGAAGUAUUGAAGUAGAGGAACUGAAGCAAAAGAUACUCAACGAAAGAAACCAAGCAACGAUUAGAGAAAACGAUUUGAAGAAAUUGAUCAGACAAUACCAAGUAAACGCCUCCACUCAAGACGCUUUGCAAAUCAGAGCAGUGGGUGUUCCUACCACACUCGGGACAAGCCCGGGAGGUGAUCGAUCGUGGCUGUGUCUCAAUUACCAUAAGGAUGGUCGCCUCUGCAAUCACAUCCAACAGGAAUUUUAUCUUAGCAAGAAGAUCUGGACCAGACGCGAGAGGUGCGGCAAAUGCAGAGCAAAGACCCAUGAGAGAAAUCGCAAAUAUUUCGAAAACGAGGCAGCUGUAGCAGCUUGGAGAUUUGAAAACGCCGCUCCUGCCAUGCCAGAUACUCCCAAUUCUUUGAAGCGUACGAGAGAUAUGGCCGAUAAGACAGCAGAAACCCCCGUCUGUGAUGAUUCUACCCGUCGUAAGUCACUACCUACUCUUGAUGUUGCUGGACAAGUCUUUCAACAGAGUGCGAGUUCCAGUUCCAGAUGGGCUUCGGUGCCACUACCUCCCCAAAAAAAGGCUCGUAACCACGCACCUCUUUACAACCCUAAAGCAACUCAAGAGGCUUUGAGAGCGGCACUUGGAGCACCAGUGAAGGCCUGGAUGCAAGAACCAAAGAAAAUCGAGACCAUUGUUUUGGAAGAUGAUGAUGAUGAAGAGGUUGAGAAAGAUGAUUCACAAGGAAGCUCUGAUAAUAACCCAGCAGUUGAGCCAGCGACCAGCUCUGAUGAUGCUGAUUUUGAGGCGGAGUUAGAAGCGGAUUUGACUGCUGCCCUCGAAGCAGAACUUGCAUAG